CCGACGAUUAGUAGCAAUCGAGAAGUGAAGCCGUUCGGUUGUAUUGUGACUGGAAGCGCUACGCAUUCAACCAGAGGCCGAUUUGUGACGUACAGUGAUCAAUUCUUGCAGGAACGUAUCUGAAAACACUGAACAUCAUGUUCCGCCAGGUGGUUCGAUCUGAAAUGCUCAUGAAGCAGUUGGAUAAAGUGUUGAUGCCACUGUUCUCCACGCAAAGCGCUGCCACUUUCCAUCAAAGUGUUCCCUUGCGAUCGAAUGAUCAGCAACUGCUCGUGCGCCGCAGCAAUGAAUUUGCGAAAAUGAACGAUUUGCCACAGAACGGGUUCGGACAUGCAGCUCCACAGGUUAAAGCGGAACCCCAAUCGCAGGCCGUGUUCGAUCGUGAGGACAAAUUUGGAGCACACAACUACCACCCACUUCCGGUGGCGCUGGCACGAGGCGAAGGAGUUUACGUGUGGGACGUCGAAGGCAAGCGGUACUACGAUUUUCUCAGUGCUUACUCGGCCGUUAACCAGGGCCACUGCCAUCCGAAAAUUGUCAAGGCAUUGGUCGACCAGGCGCAGGUGUUGACACUUACCUCCAGGGCUUUCUACUCCAAUGUUCUUGGUGAGUACGAGGAGUACAUUACCGGUCUGUUCGGGUACGAUAAAGUUCUUCCGAUGAACACGGGUGUCGAGGGUGGCGAAACGGCCUGUAAGCUGGCUCGCAAAUGGGGCUACAAGGUGAAGAAGAUCCAGGAAAACAAGGCAAAGAUCAUCUUCGCCGAGGGCAACUUCUGGGGCCGCACGCUGGCUGCCGUCUCGUCGUCGAACGAUCCGUCCAGCUACGGUGGCUUCGGCCCGUUCAUGCCCGGAUUCGAACUUGUCCCAUACAACGACACGGUCGCACUGGAGAAAGCGCUGCAGGAUCCGAAUGUGUGUGCGUUCAUGGUGGAACCGAUCCAGGGUGAGGCCGGUGUGGUCGUUCCGGACGAGGGUUACCUGAGCGCGGUGCGUGACCUCUGCACCAAGUACAACGUGCUUUUCAUCGCGGACGAAGUGCAGACGGGGCUGGCCCGCAGCGGGCGCAUGCUCGCCGUUGACCACGAGAACGCUCGACCGGAUAUUCUGAUCCUCGGCAAGGCCCUCUCGGGUGGUGUGUAUCCCGUCUCGGCCGUACUGGCAAACGAUCCGGUAAUGCUGUGCAUUCAACCCGGCGAGCAUGGCUCUACGUACGGAGGAAAUCCGUUGGGCUGCAAGGUGGCCAUGGCGGCACUACAGGUUCUCGUAGAUGAAAAACUGGCCGAGAACGCGGAGAAAAUGGGUCAGCUGCUGAGAAGUUCUCUACGCGAGUUGCCAAAGGACGUCGUGUCGAUCGUACGCGGCAAAGGACUGCUCAAUGCCAUCGUUAUCAAUCCGAACUUUGACGCCUGGGAUGUUUGCGUUCGGUUGAAGGAGAAUGGGCUCAUUGCGAAACCGACUCACGGAGAUAUCAUACGCUUCGCACCACCCUUAACGAUCAAUGAGGAGCAGCUCAAGGAAUGCCUGCAUAUCAUCAAGUCGACUGUCAUGUCCUUCGUGAAGCAUUAAUAACCGGAUCGGGUACGAAGAAGAGUCCUGAAGUAUUUCUCAUAAUGACCCAAAAAUGAUCGAUUUCUGUAAUAGGUUUUAAGUUGUAAUUGUACAAAA